AGUACUCCAAUAUCUAUGAAUGGAGCUCCAUUCAAUAUAAAUACAGGUCGUUUGGAAUUUUUGAAGUAAUACCAAAUAUUUGUACGUAAAAAGCGGUACCAUGAGAGUGCCACUAGUACUUCUGGCAGUUGUGGGAUGGUUGCACCAGAGCGCCGCUCAAACAUGCACUUCAGCUGGCCCGGUUUUUGCUAAUCCCCUUGACCCAUCGUACUACACAAAGUGUCUGGCAGCUGGAGUAGGUGUGAAAUUGAGAUGCCCCCCGGGACAAUAUUUCUCAGUGAGUGCUUGUAUAACUGGCGUAGCUCCUCCACGUCCAACGAUAACCACCACCACAACAACAGUAAAGGCUCCAAUAACUCCAUCAAAAUCUCCAGAUCCAGUCUCAGUACCCACUGCACCUACAGUUCAGCCAAUAAUUCCAUUAGCACCCUUGCCAUCAAAACCCGCUGAGUCGAAACCUCAGGAACCCGAAACUAAUGUAGACACUGAUACUGAUCCAUCACCAGAAGUAAAGCCUGAUGAUGAUAGCAAAACCCCUGCUAAGGAUACUGCAAGUCCAAUUAAAACUCCUCCAACGUCUCCUCCAGCGCCACCUGUAGAUAAUGGUGAUGCACCUGCCUCGGCAGCAUCUAAAAUUCCUGAACCCCCAACAGAGCGUCCAACCCCCGGUACCGUGAAGGGUAAAAAGACAACUGCUAAGCGGCAAAGGACUACAACAAAAAAGAGUGGCUUAAGCAAGAAGAAAACAACUCCUGCUGCCAAGGAUACGAAAAAACGAAACAAAACUGCAGCGCCAAAGAGGCGUAAGGCCCAAAAUAAUUCCCAGAAGAGUUAAAUUGAGGCAAUGAUAGCAAAGUGACUAAUGUAAAUGGCGAAUGAGUAAUGAAGUUUAUGACAAAUAUAAUUCGCUAGUUGAGUUAUUUUCAUAGUUUUAUGAUUUCGCUGGUUUAAUUUUAUUAAUUUAUAUGUAAUCAUCAUUUUUGAUAUGUAAGUGUCCCAGGCAACAACCGUAACGCAAUAAAUAAACAGCAAUAAUAGUUGA